UACUAUGGCAAAAAACCCAUUCUUGUCCUUAUGGUUUGGGAUACCAUGAAUGUGGAUGCAUAAAAAGAUGGCAUGCUUUCCCAGUCUUUCUUCAUACGAAAGUAAUUGCUCUUAAUAAUUGUGCGACUUAGGUUUCAAAACAUAGUGUUAACUUGCUGGAAGUUUUGACUUGGAAAUUGAUUUGCAUAUUAGGAAUAAUUUGAGGUGUAUCAAUGUAUCUCAAUUUGUCAUGUGAUUGGAAGGACCUUUGCUUAAGUUUUCUUUUGUUGUCUGGUUGUAGCUGUUUGAUCUCUGCUUGAUUUUUAAUGGACAUUGAAUACAAUUACAAUGGUAUAAUGAGACUAAACGUAGACAAUGUACUAAGGCAAAAUGGUGUGAAGGUUCACUGCCUCAUGUUAUGGUUUUUACAAUGAUUGAUGGGUAUUUGUUUGUGAAAAUCUGGGUGUGCUUACCCUGUUGGAUGGUGUAUUAAUGGUGUUUAGAAUUUCAUCUUGCCCCAGACGAAGCUCGAAGCUUGAAAGUGAACAGGGAUGUAUGCUCUGUAGAAGUGCAAAAAGGAGGGAGAAUGCGGUCACUCCUCAAUUUAGAAAAGAGGGAACGACCUCUUAAUUACGAAGGACCUAGACAAGGGAUUUCUCACGGACGGAUAUCAUCAGUUCAUGUGCUUCCUUUCAGUGGGAGAGCACAUUCUACUGAGAAGGCUACGGUUUCUGCUACCGAUGAAGAUUCCAUUGCUGAUGUGAUGGAACAACAUGAUGAAUUUCUCAGUUCAAUGAUGGCUCGUUCAGCUAAGUUACAGAUGGUCUUCAGAUGUUGGGAAAGGAAUGAUGUUAACGAGGUCAUUGGCAUAAUGACAAAGAUGGAUGAUCAUGCUGUGAUUGCGGAUGUUGUUAGCAUUAUAUUGGAAAAAAUUGAUAUCAUUACACUUGAUAUAUGCACUGGUCUUCUACCACUUCUAACUGACCUUCUACAAAGUGAAAUGGAAAGACAUCAGGGAAUAUCCUUGGAAAUGCUAUUGAAACUGGUCAGAAUAUUUGGCUCGGUAAUCUAUUCAACUGUAUCAGCUCCACUACCUGUUGGUGUCGAUAUUGAGGCAGAGAAAAGGCUAGAACGUUGCAACCUAUGCUUCCCAGAACUUGAAAAAGUCAAACGUUUUUUACCUUCUCUUUCAAGAAGAGGAGGAUCAAUUGCAAAAUCUGCACACGAGUUGAAUCUGGCUUUACAGGAUGUUUCAUGAUCCUGUCCUGGCUCAAUGAUUUCUGUUGCUCAUGUUUUGCCGGUGCUUUUGGGGGUUUUGUGCAUUUUAAAGAUUUAAACCUCUAAACAAGCCACCGAAUAGUUUGAUGCGUUGUCCUCGGGCGUCGAAAGAAGCUUUUUCAUGUAUGUACAUUUAUUGCCGGUAAAAGUUAAUGGAAAUUGAUUAGUGGAGGCACUGAUAACUGCUAAUUCUGCGACAUAUACUCGAAGCUAAAGCUUGAGAGAUGUCACCCUCU